CCUCUAUAUAUUUCUCUUUGACGACAACUCCAGGGUGUUUUGGGGACAUUCCAGGAGCGAGAGGUACAUUCCAAGCAGCACUUUAAUGCGGCAAGACCUCGUUUUGUAAUCAACCGUCCAUCACUUUCAGGCUUUCAAUUUAUCCGGAAUUGAACGUAAACUCAUUUGCCUAAAAACAAAACUUUCAGCGUGUAUUGAUUUGAUCACUUAGCGCGAUCGUUUAGCGGCCAUCUUGCCACAUCUGUCGGAGAAUCUUAAUUUUCUAUGUGCGCUUCCCAACCCUGAGAGCUAGCUAGUGCCCCGGGGUGGUGGAAAAAAUUAAAAAGGUGGCAAUCUAUUGAUUGAAUUACGGAUAAUUUCAGCAUCGAUUCAAGUCCAUCAGAGUACUACCCGCGUGUGUGUGGUGUGAGUCAGGCUGAGCGAAACGCACAGGGGGAGAGAGCGCCGUAGAUGUGAUGAUAUGCCGCGCUUCAGUUUGCAUCCACUCCUGGCGUAGCUGUCGACAGACGGCCGGGUUUUUAAAACGGGCACAAGUGGACGGGUGAACCCCUUCCUUGCCCUUAUCAAUCUUAACGCGCCAGACUCGAGAUCUGUCACGUCCAUCUCAGCCGAGCGCUCCAAGCUUACUCAUCACGCACGCGCGUCACAUCCUCGCAAACGGCGCCCAAUCCCCUAACGCCAGCCGUUAUUAUCCGUCUUUAUAGCCCCGUCGAUUUGGGCACGGUAAUUUUCACCGUUGGUAUUUGCGACUUGUGUUCUGCCGCGUCAUAUUCUAGGCCGUGUGGUUUUUUCUGUUAUCGAAGUCGGCGGACUGGGAUACCAUAGCGUGAUAACUAUGGAUAGGCUUAAGAUUGUCUUGGCUCUUGCUGCUGUGCUGCUAUUCAACGUGAUUCAAGGUGUACUGUGCGCUACUGGAACGUACCGUUUGGUGACCACUCUGAUGCAAAACUACUCCAAGGUGGUGCGGCCGGCCGAGUCGCCCCAAGACGCCAUCAUGGUCGCCUACGGGGUAGCCCUCCAACAGAUUAUUGAUAUGGACGAACGAAACCAGAUACUGACGACAAACGUGUGGCUGAGACAGCAUUGGACAGACGCCAGUCUACGCUGGAACCCCGAGGAUUUCGAUGGUAUCACCAAGAUAACGCUUCCCUCCACGGACAUCUGGAAACCAGACAUUGUGCUAUACAACAUAGCUGAUGACAAGUUUGAAGGCAUCAUGAAGACCAACGCAGAGAUCUCCCACGACGGGCUGGUGUCUUGGUACGCGCCCGCCAUCUUCAAGUCCUCCUGUAAGAUCAACAUCCAGUACUUCCCCUUCGAUGAACAGCACUGCAGGCUGGACCUUGGCUCCUGGGCCUUCACCAUCAACCACUUAGACUUGGUGGCGCGCAGAAAUUCCGGGGACAUCGACAGCUUCAUCCACAACGGCGAGUGGGUGCUCAAGAGGAUGCCGGUGGAGCGGGAGCUGGCCAAGUACGACUGCUGUGAGUACCCCUACGCCCUGCUGCAUUUCACCAUCGUUGUCCAGCGGCGCUCCUUGUUCUACGUCUUCAACCUUCUGGUACCCUGCAUGUUGGUGUCCGCACUGACCAUGUUGAGCUUCUACCUGCCAGCCGAUGCUGGAGAGAAAGUGACACUCUGCAUCACAAUCCUGCUGUCACUGACAGUGUUCCUGUUGCUAGUAGCAGAGACAAUGCCACCGACUUCCGACGUCAUCCCCUUAAUAGCCCAGUACUACCUGACCACCAUGAUCCUAGUUUCCGUAUCCACACUUUUGACGGUCAUCGUGCUACACAUCCACCAUCGAGGGGCCUACGCCAGCCGACCUCCCGCCUGGUUCCGCAAGCUAGCCAUGGACUACCUGGCCCGGGUGCUGUGUCUCCGGAGCUGCCGAAGCCUCCACGGCGCGCAGACUGUGCCGCGCAUCAGCUUCGAGAACGCGCCGGCCAUGCGCGAAGUCAACAACACAAUGUACAAGAACGUGAACAUGGACUGCAACCAGUUGGAGAUGAACAACAUGAUGGCGGCUACGACCAAGAGAGACGUCCUGGGUGUAGGACGGCGGAACAGGCUCCAGCAGACACUGGAUCUGAUCGCCGGCAACCUGGGCAAGAUCGUAGAGAGGUACGAGGAAGAGGACAUGGACAAGGAGAUGCGGUUCGAGUGGAUCAGGAUAGCUUACAUCAUCGACAGGUUGUUUAUGUGGGUGUUUGGACUUACCACAAUUAUUGCCACCCUCAGCAUCUUCCUUCAAGUACCCUCGUUUGGAUAGGUAGACUCCUUUUUUCAGAAUGCGGUGAAGUUAUCAAGAAAUUUCUCGAUAUAAAUGCUGUCGGCUGAAGGUUGAUUGUGUGCAGCUCAAACUGCAGCUUUUUUUCCAUUUGCAGUUGUAUGUGAUUUCAUGCCCAUAUAGGUUUCCGAAUACAUGUAGUUAUACGAAGUGACAUUAGAUAACAGUGAAUGAGAAGGUGGAUCAUGAACGAUGAAUUUAACUUCAGUUGGAGCGAUAUACCCCACAAUCUUUGUAGUGUACCAACACAAAAUUUAUGGGGGCGUAUGUGACUCUAGUAACUAUCGACAUGGAAAACAUGCAACGGCGAAUUCAUACGUAAUCAGUUUGACUUUAACAAAUCACAGCGUAAUCGUUUACGUGUAGAGCCUCCUGAAUGAUUUGAUGCAGUUUACAAACUCUCAAAACGAAAACAUCAACAUUCCUUCCUUUGAUAUUUUGAAUAGCAAUAAGUCACAAUUUAUAAACUAAUGGCUGCCUGUGGUGAAGAAUGGUCUCCGGAUGUUUCGAAAUGGAAAGAAAUAUAUAUAUGUGUGUUUAUCUAUUUGGGGGAUAUGCGCAUUUGCAAUACUACUUAUGCUCGGGCGGACUGUCGUUCGCAUUUUAAACGCCUGAGAUGAUAUGUAUCAGUAACGACAUUCCAUAGACAGUAAUAUAUGGAUUUUGGCUUCAAGAAACUAAUGCAGCAAGACAAAUAAGCGAAGUCCUGUUCCUCUGUGUAUACAGAUUAACCGUCCUGUCUAUGUUCACAUACAAAACCUGGCUAUAUUGAGUAGAUGUAAAGAAUCGAAAUAAUAAGCUUUGAUUGGUGUUUCAAUCGGCUGGCCGGUUGUAAUCAAGAUGUAUACAUCUUACAAAGACGCUCAUGAGUUUUCCCAAAUGCUUUCAAAUCAAUGCCGACCCCACAAAGCUUUGUUAAAUCAAUUUAGUAUAGCCCCAUGUUUCAAACAUAACCCUUUUCGCUUCAAAUGCGACUCGUCCACCGUUGUUUUACUUAGAUUCUAGUUUGAAAGAGACAAGAGCAACAUCGUGAGAUUUGGUCUUUUUUUUAACACAAAAAGACUACUAAAUGGUUAGUGUAGCUGUGUUCCAUAGAAUGUAACACAAGGGUAAGUUUUCAUUUCAACCGAUUCAUACAAAAAAAUGAAAUGAAAUUCCAUUUUCCUAUAGUGGUAUGAAAUUGGGUGCUUUUUAUGUACUGGUGCCCAGUAUUGGCGAUGGGUUUAAUAAGGCUGACAGACGACUGUUAUAUGUUGAAUAAGAGCAACUCGGUGCUCCGAACCCUACGAUAUUUUGCAAAAACAGUGUAUAUAGUAAAUAAGGACAUAUCUUUGUACAUUGAUAUUCUUUUAACUCACAAAGAGAUAUUAUUUAAAUGACACAAUUUUGACACUUCUUCCCGUCGAUUCUCUGGCAUUGUUUAAGUCAUUCUCAUUUGUUUGCAGUGAAAAAAAUCCCGUCCCCCAAUUUUAACACGUUUUAUUAAACUUUCCUUUCUACUUAUCCUGUAAUUAGUUCAUCACUGAAAAUAUAUUGUUAAGUAGUUUCAAAUGUUAACAUCAGCUUAUACUCAGCUUUGUGUUACUUUAAUAAGUGAAUUAUAUUAAAAUGACACCAUGCUGUUAUUUAAAUGUGGAACAUUUCAAUAUUUUUUUUAUUUAAUAACAUGUUACAAACCGAGAAUUAUAAUCAAAGUAAAUACAAAGGGAUUUGUUUAGUCUUUUUUCUUUUACUCACAUUUAUUUUCACAUUUUCCAUUGAAAUUUAACACAGCAAACUGAUUUCGAAGCUGCAAGGAGUGAUAUCAUGUUUGCGCCGGAUAUGCAAAAUAGCACACAUGCGUUUACUUCCAUGUAACGCAAUCAUCAUGAUGUUAUCCAAAUAAAUAAAGUGUAUUUUUUGCGUCACUGUCAUUUCCCGAAAAAAAAAAAUCAUGUACACCUUUAAAAUUAUUUAUACCGGUAUACCAAAGUGUAUGUGGGAUUGUAUUUCUUAACUGUGUACUAGAUAACCUGCCUACAGUGUAUCUCGAUGAUGAGUUUUAUCUUGAUCGUAGCCACAUGCAUGGCGUGUUAGUUCCACCUCUUAAUCGAAUUUAAUACUAACGCUAGGCUUGCUCUGUCUUCAGCCUUGUCACGAUUAAAAAGGGGCCGCUGAUGCACCUUGCCAAACAUUUCAACCUGCAUUCCGUCUGCGCUCAUGCAUGCCUGCGUAUGUGUAUCCUUAUGUAUACGGUCAAGUCGGGUGCCAGACGCGAUGUAAUCUACACGUGUCGGCUGCUUUGGUUUAAUUAUGGCGGGAAACAAGCAUAUGCGGUCAUUUCUUUUCAUCCUGUGUGGUUUCCUACCAAUCACCGGUCAAGCAAGCAAACCAUGAAGCGCCGUGUCAAUUUGCCGCGCACGCAUCGGUUUUUCUUUUGUAACUUUGGGCAAGAAGUCGCCCAGCCAUAAUGUUAGAGUUCUAAUU